CAGCGUGUCUCGUGAAAACUCAGCGGAUUAUGCGUUUCUUCCGGCGCUGCGGCAAGGAGCCGAGGAAUGUAAUCAAAGUCAGCUACACGAAGUUGGCGUCAUACACUAAUAACUUUAGCGAGAGCAACUACAUUGGCCGUUUCCAAUUCGGCAAACUUUAUCGUGGAGUUCUCUCAUCGCCUCCAUGGGUGACAUAUAUACUGGUGAAGAUAUGGGAAGUUCCAGAAAUUUACAGCUACGAGCCUGGAGAUAAUGAAAUUAGACUAAUGGAGGAAGUCGUUCUACUUCGCAACGUACCGCUGAUCAGUCAUCCAGGCAUGGUACCGCUGUAUGGAUACUGCCAUGAAGGUGGACACCUUGCUGCUGUAUACGAAUUCAAACCAUUCGACUCUGUUGUUAACCUCAUUCCUAAAGAUGAUUUCACUUGGCUGCAAAGGAUCAAGGUUUCGUUAGGCUUGGCUGCGCUUCUCAAAUUUAUGCAUGCUGGAAACUCUUCGUCUUUCAAACCUUUCAUAGUUCAUAAUCUUGAUGCUGCCCACAUAAUUCUUGAUGAGGACUAUAAUCCAAAGCUUUGUGAUUUUGGUUCGGUAAGUGGUGGAAUUUUCAACGAAGGGAGGGAUCAUGGCUACACCAACGUUGGCACAUCCGGUACAGGUAAUUGCUCGAACAAAGAAGACGUAUUUGCGUACGGGGUUAUUCUUCUCAGUUUGAUAUCGAGGAGAGUUCACACGGAAGAAGACAGGAAAGCUGGUGUACCAUUUAUUUACGAAUGGGCUGUAAACGAGUACGAAGCAUUUGAAUGUCAAAAUACCAAGUUUUCACUCGUCCAUAAAAGUUUAUCAGAAGGAGGUGAUUUUAGCCAUAGCGAUGGCUACAAGAUUACUAAGCUCGCACUCGAGUGCAUAAAUGGGGUCGAACACGAACGCCCGACCAUGGAGCAAGUUUUUAGAUCUCUGCUCGAACUUGAAGUUGCUAAGCAACAUGCCGAUUUCCUUGGAGCAAACGACACGCGUGAGGAUGGCUGCUGAUAUGCCGAUUUCCGUUUGUGUUUUUCGCUUUAUAUUAGUUUGAAAGGUAAAUCUGAGAAAUUGUAAGAUGUAAUUGAUUUGUUUAUUAAGGGUGUGGCUAUAUGGACUCCACCAAAUUACUUAACAUACUACACCUCAAAUACUUAUUUCAAUUAUACCCUUAUUUAUUUUAUUA